CAGGACUGACUGAAGUUCACAGUAUGAGUCUGAGUGUGGAUGAAGAGGAGGACGGAGCAGAGUUAUCCCAUUAUACAAACAGCGGUUUGUCCACAAAGGAACCUCCAGGGGACAGUAAUGAACCAGGACCUUCUGAUCCACAGGGUCAGUAUGACAGACCCAGAGCAGAGUCUCCAGUGUCCUCAUGUCUGUCCAUGAAGACUGACUGGUCCAGGGAAAAUCCUCCAAAGUUUAGUCCUGAACCUGGACCUUCAGACACAGAAGAGACGGAGAGGACUCAUGUUCCUGAGGUGGACCCACCGUCCUGUUCUUUGUGUCAGAAGGUCCAGAGUGAUCCAGUCCGGACCAGCUGUGGACACUGGUUCUGCAGACAGUGCAUCACUUCAUACUGGGACCAGUCUGGUUCAUCAGGAGACUCCUCCUGUCCCCAUUGUGAAGAAACGUUUAGAACGAGAGCUGACCUGCAGAUCCACAGCACUGUACAAAAUGAACAUAAACUCAGUCUGAGGAGCAGAUGUGAAUGUGUGACUGAAGGAACUGAUGAAACAGGAAGUAGAACCCGUCUAAACCGGAUCUUCACUGAGCUCUACAUCACAGAGGGAUGGAGCGAAGAUGUUAAUACCCAACAUGAGGUGAGGACGCUGGAGACAGUUUUCAAGAAGAUCAUCCAAGAAAGUCCAAUCAGGUGUCAAGACAUCUUCAAAGCCUUACCUGACCAGCAGAAACCCAUCAGAGUGGUUCUGACCAACGGCGUCGCUGGAGUUGGAAAAACCUUCUCGGUGCUGAAGUUCACUCUGGACUGGGCAGAGGGUUUAGAAAACCAGGACAUCAGUCUGGUGGUUCUGCUUUCCUUCAGAGAGCUGAACCUGGUCAGAGAUGAGCAGUACAGUCUGCUGACGCUGCUCCAUGUUUUCCAUCCAACAUUACAGAAGGUCACAGCAGAGCAGAUCACUGUCUGCAAACUUGUGUUCAUCUUGGACGGCCUGGAUGAAAGCAGACUUUCACUGGAUUUCCACAACUGUGAGGUUGUUUCAGACGUCACUCAGAAGUCAUCAGUCAAUGUACUGUUGACCAACCUCAUCAAGAGGAACCUGCUUCCAUCAGCUCUCAUCUGGGUAACAUCCAGGCCUGCAGCAGCCAAUCAGAUCCCUCCUUCAUGUGUGGACAGGGUAACAGAGGUCCGAGGCUUCACCACUGAUGACCAGAAGGAGGAGUACUUCAAGAAGAGAUCCACUGAUGAAGAUCUGUCCAACAAAAUGAUCUCACACAUCAAGACAUCCAGGAGCCUCCACAUCAUGUGUCAAAUCCCAAUCUUCUGCUGGAUCAGUUCUACAGUUCUGGAGCACAUGUUGACUUCAGAGCAGAGAGAAGAGCUGCCCAAGACCCUGACAGACCUGUACUCACACUUCAUCAUGGUCCAGACAAAGAGGAAGAAGAACAAGUACAAAAAAGGACAUGAAACAAGAUCAGGAGAGUUUACAAAGGCAGACAGGAAAGUCCUUCUGAAGUUGGGGAGGCUGGCGUUUGAACAACUGGAGAAAAGAAACAUGAUGUUCUACCAAGAAGACCUGGAUCAGUGUGGUCUGGACGUCACAGAGGCCUUGGUGUACUCAGGAGUUUGUACAGAGAUCUUCAAAGAAGAAACUGUGAUCUUCCAGAAAACAGUCUACUGCUUUGUUCAUCUGAGUGUUCAGGAGUUUCUGGCUGCAGUCUACAUCUACCACUGUUACACCAGCAACAAGACAGAAGUUCUGAAGAGGUUUUUGGGAGACCAGGACAAGGACUCAAAAUCACCUUUCAUGAAAAUUUUCACAGUCAGUGACAGCCUGGAUGUUUUCCUCAGAAAAACCAUGAAGAAAUCCCUUCAGAGUGAGAACGGACAUCUGGAUCUUUUUGUUCGUUUCCUUCAUGGCCUCUGUCUGGAGUCCAACCACAGACUUUUAGGAGGUCUGCUGGGUCAAAAAGAGAAGAGAGCAGAGAGCAUCCAUGAAGUCAUCAAGAACCUGAAGGAGAUGAACACUGAGGAUAUCUGUCCUGACAGAAGCAUCAACAUCUUCCACUGUCUGACGGAGAUGAAGGACCAAACAGUCCAUCAGGAGAUCCAAGAGUUUCUGAAGUCAGAGAAAAAGUCACAGAAGAAACUGUCUGAGAUCCAGUGUUCAGCUCUGGCCUACAUGUUGCAGAUGUCAGAGGAGGUUCUGGAUGAGCUGGACCUGAAGAAGUACAACACAUCAGAUGAAGGAAGACGGAGACUGAUUCCAGCUGUGAGGAACUGCAGAGAAGCUGAACUUUCUAACUGUGGACUCUCAGAGACUCACUGUGAAGUUGUGGCCUCAGCUCUGAAGUCUAAUCCUUCACAUCUGAGAUUGUUGGAUCUGAGUGACAACAACCUACAUGAUUCAGGAGUGAAACUGGCGUCUGGACUGGAGAGUCCAAACUGCAGACUGGAAACUCUGAGGAUGUGGAGAUGCAGUUUGUCAGAGAUCAGCUGUUCUUCUCUGGCCUCAGCUCUAAAGUCCAAUCCAUUCCAUCUGAUAAAACUGAGUCUGAGUGGAAACAACCUCCAGGAUUCAUCAGUGAAGGAGCUGUGUGAUUUCCUGCAGAGUUCACAUUGUAAACUACAGACACUGGGGUUGUGGAAAUGCAGUUUGUCAGAGAUCAGCUGUUCUUCUCUGGCCUCAGCUCUGAAGUCCAGUCCAUUCCAUCUGAUAAAACUGAAUCUGGGUGGAAACAACCUCCAGGAUUCAUCGGUGAAGGAGCUGUGUGGUUUCCUGCAGAGUCCACAUUGUAAACUACAGCAACUGGGGUUGAGGCAAUGCAGUUUGUCAGAGAUCAGCUGUUCUUCUCUGGCCUCAGCUCUGAAGUCCAGUCCAUUCCAUUUGACAUCACUGAGCCUAAGUGAAAACAACCUCCAGGAUUCAUCAGUGAAGGAGCUGUGUGAUUUCCUGCAGAGUCCACAUUGUAAACUACAGCAUCUGUGGUUCUGGAAAUGCAGUUUGUCAGAGAUCAGCUGUUCUUCUCUGGCCUCAGCUCUGAAGUCCAAUCCAUUCCAUCUGAUAGAACUGAAUCUGGGUGGAAACAACCUCCAGGAUUCAUCAGUGAAGGAGCUGUGUGGUUUCCUGCAGAGUCCACAUUGUAAACUACAGCAACUGGGGAUGUGGAGAUGCAGUUUAUCACAGAUCAGCUGUUCUUCUCUGGCCUUAGCGCUGAAGUCCAAUCCUUCACAUCUCAUAGACCUGCAUCUGGGUGGAAACGAGCUGAAGGAUUCAUCAGUGAAGGAGCUGUGUGAUGUCCUGCAGAGUCCAGAUUGUAAACUGAAGAUUCUGAGGUUGUGGGGCUGCGGUUUGUCCGAGGUCAGCUGUUCUUCUCUGGCCUCGGCGCUGACGUCCAAUCCAUCCCAUCUCACUCAGCUUUACCUGAGCAACAACCACCUCCAGGAUUCAGGAGUGAAGCUGUUGUGUGAUUUUCUGCAGAGUCCACGUUGUAAACUGCAGAUUCUGUGGUUGAUGGACUGCAGUUUGUCGAAGAGCAGCUGUUCUGUUCUGGCCUCAGCUCUGAAGUCCAAUCCUUGUCAUCUGAUGGAACUGGAUCUGGGUCAGAACCAACUCCGGGACUCAGACGUGGCGGAGCUGUGGGCUUUAGUGCUGUGUGCAGACUAUAAACUGCAGACUCUGAGAUGGAUUUCCUUUCUGUGAGUGAACCGUCCCCAUCAUCAGGGCAGUGUGAGGAUCAGCUGGAUCCUGUUGAUCUCCAGAUGUAAAAGCAGCAGCAGCAGCAGAUCAUCCUCCUUUCAUGUACAGUCAGUGAACCAGUGUGUUCUGUGGGUUACUGUGUGCUGCCACCCUGUGGACUAAAGGGGAAAUACACCUCAUUUAUACCUGGAAACCAAAGAGGCGACGUCAUCAGUUGUUACUUUACUUUAUGUCUGUGUCUUCUCAUUAUAUUGAACUUUAAUCUGUUUUUUUAAUGUUCUGAUGAGUCCAUUUAUCUUUAUUAUUACUUUCAGUUCAGAUGAAUCCUAAUGAAACAGAGUCAGUCAGAAAACAUUCUCAUGUAUUUCAUUUCUCAUUUUAGUAGAAGGACGAGUUGUCAGAUGUCAGUAAAGAGUUUCAUAUUUUCUUCCUUCACUUCCUUUGACCCACACAGAUGCAGAUGCAGAUCAGUGACAAAUCAAACCUUUCUGUUGUUUUGGUUUCAUUGUAUUAAGUCUGUCAUUGUUUUAUUGUAGAAAUCUGUUUAAAGUACAUUUUAGAGGCUGGACUUUGGAUCACACUGAGACUAGAACAGAAAAUAUUGAGGUGAAAAUCAGGUCAAUUGCCCAGAAUAUAAAAGUGUUUUCUAAUAAAUGAUCUGGUGUAUGUUCCUUUUUCAGUGGUUAUUGGAGAAAUGUUUUCACUGAUUGCAGUUCUUUGUUAAUGCCUAUUUUUCUUCCAGACUCUGAAA